ACAAUUCGUUGUUGAUCAAACCCUAGUUGUUGUACGAAGGGAAGGUUUGAGAGGGGGCUGCCGAUAUCUUCUGCUAGUUCCUCGAAGAAGAAAAUGGUCGCCUACAGGUUUCACCAAUACCAGGUUGUCGGGAGAGCUCUGCCAUCAGAAGCUGAUGAGCAUCCCAAGAUUUACCGUAUGAAGCUUUGGGCCACGAACGAGGUUCGUGCUAAGUCCAAGUUCUGGUAUUUUUUGAGGAAGCUGAAGAAGGUGAAGAAGAGCAAUGGACAAAUGCUUGCUAUCAACGAGAUUUUCGAGAAGAACCCAACCAAGAUCAACAACUAUGGUAUUUGGCUGCGUUACCAGAGCAGAACAGGGUACCACAACAUGUACAAGGAAUACCGGGACACCACCCUGAAUGGAGCUGUGGAGCAGAUGUACACUGAGAUGGCAUCUCGCCACAGGGUAAGGUUUCCUUGCAUCCAAAUUAUCAAGACUGCCACCAUCCCAGCGAAGCUCUGCAAGAGGGAGAGUACUAAGCAGUUCCACAAUUCCAAAAUCAAGUUCCCCUUGGUGUUUAAGAAAGUCAGACCCCCAUCUAGGAAGUUGAAGACGACAUACAAGGCAUCAAGGCCCAACUUAUUUAUGUAACUCUAUGUGGAUGAAGAGAUGCAUAGGGGCGACACUCGGUGUGUUUCUGAAUUUUGUCUGGUAGAAACCAUUGUGGAAGUUUUUGGUUGUUGGAUAAUAUUUUUGUUUUCCCCUCCCCCCCUAGAAUUUCUCUCUUUCUAAAACAGAUAUAGUAUGUCAUUUGAUUUUCUUCUGGUCUGGUAAUUAGAGCUGAAUGUGAGAUUUCCUGGAUUUGGGUAAAA